UCAAAAUAAAGUGUCUCGUCGACCGGUUGGAUUGUGAAAGCACGGCAAAUAUUUAGCGGCAAUUAGUGACGGCAAAGUGUCUGUGGUGCUUUAUAAUUAGUCUGUUUCGAAAAGCAAACGGUAGAUCAUGCAACGCAUUCAGAACCCAGCCAAGGUGGCUCUACGCCAGAAGAUAGCGAAGCGACUGCAAUCGCUUACGGCCGACGAACGACGUCGACAAUCGGACAGCAUCAUCGGCAAGAUUUUAGAUCUUCCCUUCUACAAACGGUCGCAAAAGAUUAGCAUUUAUCUCAGCACCGACACCGAAGUUGACACGCAGCCACUGCUCGCGCGAAUGCUGAAGGAACAGAAACAGGUUUUCGUGCCGACCUACAACAAAAAGGCGAUGCGAAUGGUAAGCAUCAUUGAUAUGGAGGAUUACGAUGGGCUUCCGAAAACUUCGUGGAAUAUCAAACAGCCCGGCUUUAAUGAUCCGCACCGUGACGAUGCCUUCGCAACAGGGCUGGAUCUUAUCAUUCUGCCCGGCGUAGCCUUUACCACCGGUGGCAAGCGUCUCGGUCACGGAGGCGGUUACUAUGAUCGAUUUCUGGCGGAAUACUUUAGCAAAUUUCCCAACACGCCCGAACGCACGACGCAGCUAGUGGCGGUGGGGUUCCGCGAGCAGCUGGUGGCAGACGACGAACUUCCGACCGACGAGCACGAUCAACUGCUCAACUUGGUCCUGUCCGCGGACUGAUGGCACGCACUGCGAAAUGAAUGGCCGAAUUACUAAUAUUAUUAAUAUUACUAAUAUUACUAAUUACUAAUUAAUCCUUCGUAGAAAUCCGUGUUUUUUUGGUUUUUUUUCGGUUCUUUUUCGGUUCGGUUCGAAUCCGGUUCUUUUCGUAGUCAUCCGAAACAGGUGCUUGGCGAAUUGCAUACUGGUUAGGCGAUAACAAAUUAGCUACGAUGGGUUGAACAGUUUUCCACUAUAUUUUCGCUUCUACGCGAAACUUUGGCGCAGUUCAAAGGCUUCCGAAUCGCUAUAAACAAAAUUUCCGAUAUUACUUCCAACCGGUGGGCGAAAUGUCAAAUUUAUUGCCCUACACAGGCAUUAACUUUUGCCCGCGUCGCACUCCAGCGCAAAGAGAGGACAUGCUUUUUAGAGGCACACGGAUGCGCCGUGCUAGAUAGUCCGGGUCCAAGAACAUAAUAUUUUUUUUCCAAUUAGUAAACUUUUCAUG